GAUACAGCAGGUCUUCGCCUCAGACUGAUGAUCCAAACAGUAAUGGUCUUAAAGUAACGUGCAUUAUCUGUCUACAAGUGGCUGUUUGGUCAGCAGUGGGUGAAGAUAGAUUUGAUGGGCUUGUGAUAAAGAGGGUUAGGUGUGCGUAUGUGAAUGUCAAGCCACAUCCCUCUCCAAGCCCAAGUGACAUUUUUUAUAAAUGAAGUAGUUGUUUGCAGGUAUACUUUGCUAGAUCCUAUCAAUGAAAACUAACUGGGUGAGAAUGUCUUGCCUACCUCAACAAACCUGUCAACAGCCACCUAGCAACUGCUUUGUGCCAAGGUCUCUGCUGCAACCAUCCAUUCCAUAAACACGAGAAAUGCCAGGAGAUAGAGAAGACAGAUGAAAAAUCACCCUGUCUUGAGAGUGACAUCUGCAUUUGUGUAGUUCUUGCUUAAUUCUGGAUUUUGCCAUCCAAGGAUUAUUGUCUUGGGUCGUGACAAUUUAUUAUCUGUUUGUGUUCAAUGGGGCAACGGAUUCACUUUGUGGUUGACCCUCAGGGUUGGUGCUGCAUGGGCCUAAUUAUCUUUGUCUGGCUGUACAAUACAAUCUUCAUCCCAAAGGUCAUCCUUUUUCCUCAUUAUGAAGAGGGAAAUAUUUCAGUUGUGGCAGUUUUGUGUUAUUACUUCUGCUCAUUGUUUUGUAUAGCUUCAUUAUUUAGAGCCUCAGUAGCAGAUCCAGGAAAACUACCUGAAAAUCCAGACAUACCAAUUACAGAUCGAGAACAUUGGGAGUUAUGUAACAAGUGCAAUAUGAUGAGACCAAAGCGUUCACACCAUUGCAGUCGCUGUGGACAUUGUGUGAGGAGGAUGGAUCACCACUGUCCAUGGAUUAAUAAUUGUGUUGGUGAAGACAAUCAUUGGCUGUUUUUGCAGCUGUGUUUCUACACCCAGAUCCUUAGUUCCUAUACGCUGAUACUUGACUUCUGCCAUUACUACUACUUUUUGCCUCUGAAAAAAGAAAACUGGGAUGUGUUUGUAUUUAGACAUGAACUUGCUCUCCUAAGAAUAUCUGCCUUCAUGGGUCUAAUAAUAUUAGGUGGAAUAAGUCGACUCUUUUACACUCAGCUAAUGGGUAUUUUCACUGACACUACAAGUAUAGAAAAAAUGUCUAACUGUUGUGAAGACAUAUCGAGGCCCCAGAAGCCAUGGCAGCAGACCUUCUCAGAAGUUUUUGGCACUCACUGGAAGAUCCUGUGGUUUAUUCCUUUCAGGCAGCGGCAACCACUGCGAGUUCCCUACUACUUUGCCAGUCAUGACUAAACAGAUGGAUGGUGGGCGCAGAUGAGUCCUCCAUGCUGGAAGUGCAUUACAGGUUUUAUGAUAAUAGGACUGUGACAGUCUUCAAGUCAAUUAAAAUCCAGUCAUAGGCAUCACUGUGUGGCCCGGGCAUUAUUUUAGUUAUGGUCUGGAUUUUAUUCUGAAAUUAAGGCAAGUUAAACAAUCAACUUCAGGCUUAUUUUCUCUCAAACUAGCUUUCCAAAGAGAUUCCUUUUGUCUUUGAGGUUAAUACCAAAAGCAAACAAUUGGAAUGUAGUCUUCAUCCAGUUUGGUACUGGCUCUUUAUUUUUCUUCCUUUUUUUUUUCCUUUUCUUUUUCCUUCUGUUUUAAUUUUUGUGUAGAAAGCACUGAAGUUUACAUUGGUGGUUAGCUUUCUCACUAAGUGUCUUAUUCUGCCUUGAAAAUUUUUUAGAGUUUUUAUCAGUAGGUCAGUCUGGAUAAUAAUAAUGUCUUUUUUUCUGCUGCGUAUGUUUAAAAUUCCAUGAUUCCAUGAGUUAUUUAUGAUAUGCAAAAGUAGUCCUGCAGCACUGCACUAUAAAAGGUAACAUUGAAAGCUGAAGCAGAGUACUUCCUAAGCCUUUCUCAGAGAGGUUUUGUAGAGGCACACAAAUGUGUGUGUUUACAUGGAGAACAGCUUACAGUUACCUUCUGGCCUAGAUAUGAUGUUAGUGAAAAGUGUUCAUGUCUUUAUGUCAGUGAGAGGGAUUAAAUAUUUCAGGGUAAACUAUGCAGAUACUAUGCAUGUUUUCCCUAAAUCCCAAGGAUUUGAAUCAGCAAUCAUCAACAAAGAAGUUGCAUGGUGCAAAUAUUAGAAUGAUUACUUUUAAAAAAUGUAGUUAGUUAGCAUAAUGUGUCAUAAAGAAGAGUAUAUUGUCAAUAAAAGUUUAAAAUUUUAUAUUUACUUUUCUUUAGUCUUGAUUAGCUGGAAUUGGUCUAAGUGUUUGUAUAUUUAAAAUAAAAUUAAUUAAUAUUUAUACAUAUUUAUAGAUUUGCUAUUAACAUUGAAGUAUGUAAACACAUUUAAUAGGAUACUAUGUUAAUGUUGAUAGCUUUUAAGUGUGGAAGUAGUUAACCAAAGAAAGCGUCUUUCAGAUCUGGUAAAAUGAUAAUUAUUUCCAAAGUACCAGCUCGGUCUUCCUGUCUCUGAAAAAGUUAUGUACCUGCUUUAGCUCUCUGUAUCUAUACAAAUAUUAACUUCAUGAUUGUGAAAACUAAUAUGGAUUUCUAGGAGAAAUUCACAACUCGGUGUUUCCAGUUAUGCUGCUUACUGUGUUUUUUGACUAGUCUAACAGGACUGGGAUCCCCCUUAAAUAACAGACAUGCAGCAGGACACAGUAAAAGACACAAAAUCAGGAUUUUAUACAUGUAGAUUGUGCAGAAAGUAAUAGUUUAUUUGUGAACAGUUACUUCGAAAAAGAAGAGUAAGAAUUUUCAUGACUGGUGUUCGCAAAAAAUUUUUAGAUUAACUCUCUUAAAGUCUUAGUACAGUUACUGCCAAUCUUAGGUGUCCCUUUAUUGAAUUAACAGAUUUUGAUGAUCCACUGAAAGUUCCAAGAAGUGCAUCUUAAAAAUCACUUGAACUUUAAACUUAUGUAAAUGUCUAACAUUUGAUCCGACCUUACUUUUCCUGUCCUAUUAAAAAUAGAUGCAAUGUUUCUUUAAUUUAAAUUUAAGCCUAAUGUUCAGCUGUCUUCCUUUUUAUUUUCCUCAUGCCAGUUGUAGUGAGGUUAGGCUUUCUUUCAAGUGGUAUUGACACAUUGGCAGCAAUAUUUAAACAAAAAGAAGCUUGAGGAAAUGGAUGAAAAGACUGAAGCAGUGCUUGAAAUUGAAAGGAAUCAGGAUAUACAUAAUAAAGUAAUGGCUCUAUUAUUUUCUUUUCCUUCCCCCCACUAUUUUAGUCUCUGGAAUAUACAGGGAAAUAAUAUUUCAUUUUCUGUGCGAUAUUUAAAUGUUUCAUGAGCAAAGCAUAGUUUGAAGUUUUUAAUGCUGUUCAGCUAUCAGAGCAGUUGGCGCAGUUCUGAACCUUAUUCAGAAAGAGAACCAAGAAUUUAACUAUUUUUUGGUAUAUUUAUCAUGGGGCAUAUAAUUGUGUGUUCUGCUUCCCAGUAUUACUGUUUCAGGCUGGAGUAUCAGUUAUACUUUCCAGCAACUGAUGUCUGUAAAAAUCUUGCCUGUUUCUCAAACGAAAGUGCUAAUUUCACAAUUUCAUGUUCUCAAAUGUUCCCAUGUUGUUUGAUUUGCUUUGAAAUCUACUUUUUCUCAGUCUCCUACUCAUCAUAACUGAUAAUAUUUGCAAUAAUUAAAAAUAUCAUAAUUGAUAGGCAUCAAUUUGCAACAUGAUUAAGACUGCUCAUUUUUGUCCCUUUUCUUUUUCUAAGUGUUUGGGGGACAAAGGGGAGAAUUUGGAGAGUCUUGACAUUUUAGGAGGUACUAAAUUUAGGAGGUACUCUUUGAAUGAGAGGCAUCUAAAAUGGUAAAAGUAAUAAUUUUUUUCUUAAUUCAGCUGAAGGACCCUAUUAUGUUAUUAGUUUCUCCAAGUAAUGUUUCUGAAACUAAUUCUCAGAAUGAGUUGUUCUGUCAGGAAAAAUCAGACUUUAUCAACCAAUUUAAAAUCCUUCAGACCUUGAAAUUCUUGAAUCCUUUGAACCAUUGCUUUCUUUCCCUCCAUAGGAAAAGAAAGUCUUCCUUAGAAUUCUUUCUUUUAGUAAAAACUGCAAUUUCAAGAUUGAUUAGUGUUUGUUAUUUUUAUGCAUUAAAAAAAAUCUUAAAGACAGUGUUACUAAAUUUCAUCCUAGUAUAAUAUCCGAACAACAUGUACUUUAUUAAGAAAAGUGAAUCUUAUCUUCUGACUUGGCAAUAUUUGAUUUCCUGAAAGGCACAAAGAGAACUUGAAGAACCAAUGAACUCCUCUCUGAAAAAAUUUGCAAGUAGCUGGUUUAUUUACAGUGUGGGAUAACUUCUGGUAGGACCGAAAAAUGUUAAG